AAGAGGUUGGCCUCUUGUCGGCUCAGAUCAAGCGUAGCCCUAUGCUUACCUGGCAGGGGAAAUACCGUGAUCACCACGAAGGCUUCCUAGUUGCACCUGGAGAAGAGCGCUCUGCUGGCAUGGGAUAGCACCCACAUAGAUUCACAGUCUGCUGGUCUAUGGCUUUGUGAUCCCCUAGAAGAUGGCACAGCCUGCACACCUGAACCAGAACCUCCCAGACUUAGGUGGCCCUUUCCUAUAUAGAGAUCAGGAUGAUGGAGAGAAGAGCUCCUAUUCUGUGGAAACGGCGUAUGGCUUCACAUUAGAUCUAGAUUUCCUGAAAUAUGUAGAUGACAUUCAGAGUGGGCAAACUCUGAAGAAGUUGCAUCGGAAAGCGAAAGGGCCCAAGCAGCAGCUCAGCUGCCUCAGAAGUCCCGGAAGCCAUGCUAGUGGAUGGACCUCUACUGAAUCACUGGCAUCCACAGCCAGUGAGGAUGGAAGGACCACCCUCUUGUUAUCUCCACACGCGAGAACACAGUCCAACUCCUCAGAAACAAGAGAAGCCCUGAGCAAACAAGUUUCCAACCCAGUGUCUCCAACUGCUGUUAUAAACCUCCUCCCACCUCCAUCCCCCAAAUCUCUAUUGAGAAAUCCCCGUGUGGAAAAAACCUUGCUAGAGACAAGUAGGAGACUAGAGCAAGAGCAGCUGAAUUUGCUAAGUAGUGGGAAUGCACAAAUACCCAAGCCACCCAGCAGCCCCUCUAAAACAAGCAACUCCAUCUCCAGUGCUGCCUCAGUUACCCAGAGCCGCUCAUGCUCCUCUGUGCCUUCGAAUGGAAAUGGGGACAGCCAAGCCACACUUAGUCCGUCGCUUACAGGUUCUAUGAGAAUGAGCCCUUUUAGUUCAGGGUGGACUACACCAGCCACCAAUCUCAGUGCCACACAUCUGCAGCAUGUGCGGGAGCAGAUGGCUGCUGCCCUCAAGCAGCUGAAGGAGCUGGAGGAACAAGUCAAGACCAUCCCAGUCCUAGAGAUGAAGAUCUCUAAACUGAAGCAGGAGAAGGAGAAGCUGCUGGCGGGUUUACAGGAGAAAGCUUCGCCUGAAACAUGUGAGACUUCUGCUUUUACCUUCCCUCCCCAGUCUCCCACUGCAAGUGAGGAGCAGCCCCCAGUGAGCCAGGAAGCACAGGGAGAGCUGGAAGGUGAGUCUGAGAUGGGCAAAGCUCGAGCAAGUAAAAUUACGGAGUUGAGGAAACUCACUGAGAAACUAUCCACUUCAGAGCGUAAUGUGAGAGCUGGCAGAACGGGGACUCGCCCUGCCAGACCUAGUGACCAAGCAUGCAAGUCAGUAGGCGUGGGUGAGGAAAUGGACAUGAACGACGUCGUGUUCUACUACCGAUCGCAGAAGCUGUGCCGAGAGGUAGCAGUCGGCCAGGAGACCGAGACCAGGGAUGCUGCAGUGUGGGUCAUGGAGUCCUUAUUAGGGCUUUCUACCGAAUCGGAGAAGGAAAUCGAGCUGCUGCAGCACACGGUUAGCCACCAGAAGGAGGUAAUCAACAUGAUGGAAGGACAUUUGAAAGAAGCAACUAAGGAGCUGGAGGAGUUGAGGGUAGAGGUUUGUUCCAGAAGGCCAGGAAAGUUGAUAGAUAAGGAAAUAAUGGCCAAGCCUCAACUGGCAGAAGCAUAUGUAGAGGCAGUCGUGCCAAUGCAGAACCAGGCAGUGGGUAGUCCCCUGGAAAUGAUAGAUGAGGGGGUCGAUUGCUCGCCUCACAUGUUGUGCAUUGGAAUCAACUAUGAUUUGAAAGGUAAAGAAGUUGCGGUAGGUCCAGAUUCAGCAGCUACCUGUGAAGAGAAAGCCACUCAAGCCAACAAAGCCAAUUUAGAGGCGGGGAGCACUGUGCCAAGUGUUGCAGCAGUGGCAGAAGCAGGUCUACAGGCAGCUGCUGACAAGUCUACACAAAGACAGAAAGGUGCAGGAGAAACUGGAAACCAGGUGAAUGUCACUGAGCCUGGAGCUGCUGGUGGCAGUAAAGCAGCUGGGGCCCCAGGAGAAAAAGGGCCAUCAGAAAAGAAACAAAGUCCGUGUUUGAGCCUCAAGGACUCCAAGACAGGGAUGCAGGAAUGUGUCCCCACGGCACUGGAAGUGACUUGGGAGAAUGACAGCAGAGCUCCUCUGAGUACUGGCACUGGAUCCCUGAAGUCCAUCAUGAAGAAGCGAGAUGGGCUACCAAAGAACGAGGCUGAGGGUGGCAGGAAGAGCCUACAGUUUGUGGGGGUGCUGAACGGGGAGUAUGAGAGUACAUCCAGCGAGGAGGAGGGUGGAGACAGCUCUUCUGAGAAGAUUUCACCCAACAGCUCCGACAGCGAUGCUGAGGGUGGCACUGACUCCUCAGAUGAGGAUGUGAAUGUGGGCGAGAAUGAGAGCGACUUGGAGAAUCCUGAAGUAGACACAGAACAGAGAAAGAGAGAAGAGCAGCAUGAACACAGAGAAGAGCAUAUACCAGCCCCAGAACCCCCAGAGGUGAAGGAGAAGUUUGAACUGAGCCCGAGAAUGAGAGAGGCCUGCGUGAUUGUAAAGAGCCAUCUCAGCCAUCCCAGUUCUGCGAAGAGCAAGGAAGUGCUGUCCAGCAGCAGCCUCAUUCUGCAGGAGUGGUUCCGAGUGUCCAGCCAGAAAUCCUCUGUCUCAGAGAUGGUUGCCAACCACCUCAUGGCCUUCACAGAAGUCUCGCCAGCACUGCUCACCCAUGUCAUCAACCUCUCCGACGGGAAUGGCAACACGGCCCUCCACUACAGUGUCUCCCACUCCAACUUUCAGAUCGUGCGGCUGCUGCUGGACACUGGAGUCUGUAACGUUGACCACCAGAAUAAAGCUGGAUACACGGCCCUCAUGCUGGCAGCUCUGGCAGCUGUGGAGCAUGAAGAAGACAUGAAUGUUGUCAGGAGACUCUUUAGUAUGGGGAAUGUCAAUGCUAAAGCAAGCCAGGCUGGUCAGACGGCACUAAUGCUUGCUGUCAGCCACGGCAGGCAGGAGAUGGUGGAAGCCUUGCUGGCCUGCGGUGCCGAUGUGAACUUGCAGGAUGAGGAAGGGUCCACGGCGCUGAUGUGUGCCUGCGAGCACGGACGGGUGGAAACCGUGAGACUGCUCCUGGCACAGCCAGUCUGUGACCUCUCCAUUGUGGAUAACGAUGGUAACAAUGCAGUAGCAAUUGCACUGGAGGCCGGGCACAGCAACAUUGCAGUGUUAAUGUACGCCCACCUCAACAGCUCAAAGGCACAGUCUCCCCAGGGGAAGAGCCCUACCAUCCCAAGGAAGCAGCAUUAGAUCAGCCCUCCCGCCUGGGAUGCAUGUCUCACCGCCUGGGAUCAGAACCUCCACCAUAUUCAUAUUCCAUCCAAGAGCUCAAGCCCAGUUCAUUACGUCCAUAUAUUAAAUUACCCCUAAAGUCCCACAAGUGUUUUCAUUCCUGCCAAAUAUGACGGGGGGGUCAGCCCUCCACUUCAGUGAACUCUCCUCUACUGAAAAGAAACAGCUUGGGUGAGCCAGCAGCAUCCCAUAAAGUAACAAGGCAUCUGCUUGUAGAGUGAAAUUGCUUGCAGCAAACAGAUACAGAUACAGAUCGCUUCCAGCAUCUCUUCUCUUCCCACCCCCUACCUACCCUUGAAGCUGCAGAGGGUAUGUUCCCUUACAGAGCAUACCCAGGAGUACUCUGUAAUGAGUUGGCCAACAAGGGUUUUUUGUCCCUGUAAACAGGAGGAGUGGGAAGCCAUCCGGGUCUGAAUUUUCCACAGAAAAAAAAUUAAAUUCCUUGAUAGGAGUUGGAGUACAAUUGGGCCAAAAAUAGCUGUCGAAAUGCAGCUGCAGUUCACAUGGGAGUUGGAGUUUGGAUUUCUUGUGAUCACCUCCUUUUCCAGCCAGAAAUGCCUGGUAAGACUGUAUCUCCCAUAGCGCACUGUGCUCUGCUCUUGGGGUCUGGGGUGGAGAUUGUCUCCCCCGAGGUAUUCUCCAAGUCAGGAGCCCAGCUUAUACAGGAGAAUGGGACAGAGCUACAGCUUCCAUCAGGCACCGUGUGAGCAUCACUAAGGAGAAGUGCUCUGGCUUUCUACUGUGCAGUUUCUCACCAAAAUCCAGUUUUCUGAAAAAUGCACACACACUUCGUGAAAAAGUUUAGUCAAGAAAGAAUUUGGACAGACAGUUAAUAAUUUAAUUAGCCGGACAGGAUAAAUAACUUUUCUUUUUGCUGUAGGAGUGAGGCGAGAUCCUCAGGAUAAGGAAGAGGGAGAGAUGGCCAACCAGAUUGCUGUGAAAUCACUUAAACUAGCCAGCCAGGUCUUUUGGAGCUUCAGUACCUCUUUGCUUGAGGAUGGAUCCCUCUCUGCUGUAGGAGUUGGAGAGGGAAAUUACCUUUCAAACCUUGACUGCUUUGCCCCUCUCUAGCUUCACAGCCAUUAACACUGAAAGCUGGUAUAGUUCAUAAACUCCUCCCCAUCUUGCUCUUUGAACACCUUCCUGACUUCUGCCGAGGAAGUAGAAACAGGUGGGGCUGUUAGGUUGGGAAGCAAAAAUCGGAAGUAGCAACCAAACAGGCAGCCAAAGUCAUGUGGGAAGAGGAAGGGUCUCAGAGGUCUAACCAAGGGGAUGGAUGUAAGGAAGGGGAUUUGCUGGACACUUCAAUGAAGAACUUUCAAAUAUUAGUGCUUGGUUAAGCUAGAAGGCUGUAAACAGGCCUCUCAUCUGAGGUCGUUCUGACUGAUCUGAGCAAUCCCUGGUUCAGAAGAGGAGUGACACAGCCCUUUACCUACCUAGCACUUCUGAGCUGUAUUGCUUCUCAGUGGCCAGGGAGAGCACAAAGCCUGACAGGCUUAUCCCUGGAUGUUUGGCAGUUAACUUGAAUGAGCUGCUAUUAUAUUACAAGCAUACAUAGCACUGGAGGUUGGCUGGGGGAAGGUGUGUUAGCACAUUUUAUCUUGUACACUUCACAGGUACUUCAAGUGGGACUAGGAUCCCUGAACCAGGAAGUGGCUGAGCCAGACUGUUCUAGCAAGGUGCGCUCAGCCAGACCUGCCUAAAGAAAAGAGGGCAAGCAGUCCUAGAGUCUCCCCAUCCUCCUUGCUCUAUCUAACCCUUGUUUCUUUUACUAGUGAAGGCACCAAACCCUUAUGAUAAACCAAGCUCUUUCCUGGAGCUUUCGUUCAACCUCCCCAAGCAGCGGCUGUUGCAUUACAUGGUUGCACAUCUCAUCUGCAACUUUGCAUCCACAAUCCAGAGAAACCCAUCCCUUGGACUGAGGGAUGACCUUGCAGUCUAUGGGUGUCUCCCCACAGGCAGAAGCUUGCCAUUGGCAAAAAUAACAGCAGCACAAAUUUGUGCCCCUGUGCAUGCCCUUGCACAUGGGGAUGGUGCAGGGCAAAUUAUCCAGGGGGUAGGGGAGGCUGGGGUCAGCACCUGUGCUGGCCCCAGCAGCCUUACCUGGGGUCCUGAGGGCCUUUUGGGGCAGCAGUGACCAGACUCCAAUCUCUGCGCCUUUUUUAGCAGCAGGUUGACAUGGGGAAUCUCCUGGUGUCAAACCCCGCCCCAAACUUGCCAUGCUGCAAAUUAACAGUGCAGCAAAUGGUUGUAUGUAUGCCACAUGCAGUUUACAGCACCUCAAAUGGGUUUAAGGUGCCGCAAACUGCAUGUCUGCACGCAUUGGGAUGUGCCCUCUGACUCCAAGGGAGCCUGCUUAGAGCCGUCUGUCACUAAGCAGUAGGGCUGCGCGAAGUUUCGGGUGGUGAUUCGAUUUGGUGGCGAUUCGGCCUGAUUUGGUGGCUGAAUCUCCAAAUCCAAAUCAAAUCAAUUAAAAAAAAAA